AUGGCUGAGAACAUGAAGCUCGAGAUUCGCAGUUCUGAUAUGACCCUCGAGAUGCAAGAUUCUGCCGUUAAGAUGGUUGUCUUAGCCGCCUCGAGAUUCACAGUUGAAAAAGACAUGGCUGCCUUUGUGAAGAAGGAAUUCGACAGCCUCCAUGGGGAGACCUGGCAUUGCAUCGUGGGAAAAGACUACGGCAGUUAUGUGACGCACUUGCAAGGCGGCUUUAUCUACCUCUACGUGGACAAGGCUCCUACACGGUCUUACUACAAUCCUCAGACGAAUCGGAAUCAAUGGGCGGUG